CUAACGCUGGUGCCGCGUUCGCCGUCGGUCUCGUCGUCACCGUGUUCCGUAGGGUGGCUGCUGCCUGGGACCAGGCGACCAGGCGACCAGGAAAAAUUAAUAUACACUGAAGACCAGGCGACGUAUGAUUCCUCUCAUUAACAGUAUAGUGUUCGAUUUCCAUGUUGCUCUAGAGAACUCUAGAAAAUACAGAUUUUAAGAUUUUAUUGGUUUAAAGGAAAAAAGUGAAGGAAUACCAUAUACCUAUGUAGUCGUCCUACUGUAACUACUCAUCCCAAGGAUCCAAGAAAAUUAGAAAUUGUGAUUUUUCUUUUGUUUGGUCACAGCUUCAAAGAAAAAAGUGGAGAAUUUUAUAUGCCCCCCUAGACCUUUGUUUUGAAAUUUCAUGCACGAAAAUGAGACAAAGUCUUUCAUGACAUAAUAGUAUCAUCAACAUACUUUAUCGGAUUUGCUGGAAAUUAGGCGUCCGGUUUUUAUUAUGUUUAAGUCAUCUCUUCAGCUAUUGAUUUGCCUCAUGAUUCGGGGUGAUAUGACAUUUGCAAGUUGGUUGCAACUAAGAUUUUUGUAGUUGCAAGAUUGCAACUGAGAUUUUCCUUGUUACAAGUUGGUUGCUACUGAGAUUUUACUAAUUGCAAGUGGAUUGUGACUGAGAAAAAAAUAUCCACACCAUUGAAUUCUCUUUAAGAUUCGUGUUGAACUAUGAGUUGCAACUAGGUUGUAACUAAGAAUUAGUGACGUCGUGUGACUGAGAUUUAGUUAAGUCUAAGUCACCUAAUUAAGAUCUAGACGUGCCCAUACUUUAUAUGUGAUUUGACUUUAAUUUGACGUGUGUUUGCAAGUUUUCAUCCUAUGAACCAAACACCUAGCCCCACCAUAAUUUUACCAUCAUUGAUACUUUGUUUUGCACAAGCAUUCCUAUAACAUGUCUCUAUUUUUUAAUUUCUAUAUUUAAAAAAUCAGCCAACUAAGGAGAUGCUUUUGUCAUUGUAUAGAAAAGAGAGGCUGAUGUGAGUUUGGCGUUUUAGUGCUCGCGCAGUAGCAAUUAUUUUCUUUGAAAAGAAAAUCAAAAACCACAUUUUGAGGUUUGAAAAUAUUAUGAACAAAUCGAGAUGUAGUCAAUGAUGUGUUGUACGUGUGCGCAAAAUAUGAACGCGAAAUACUUUGUAUUUUGCACGCUAAAGGAACACAUCAUUGGCUACAUCUAUAAUAUUUUUCCCGUUUGAUAGUUUAAAGAGGAUCGAAAAUUAAGUUAGUUCUAGAUCGACUUUAGAACCGCUAGAUUUGUAUCGCCCUAGAAAUUCCAAACGGGAGAGAGGAGACAGAGUGCUAAACCCAGGGCAGGUUAACUAUUUGCGCAAAGUGCAUUACCAUGAUGCGGAAGACCGCUCAUUUCCCCCUCCCCUGCUCUUGCUCAACUACACUUGCCUUGAGAAGCUCCCUUCUCUGACCGGACCGCCGACGGUCGCUCCGCCGGUUUAGUUGGCCGGAGUUGGUCUUGGUUUGGCAUCGGAGUAGCUUUGGCGAUCUUCGGCCGACAUGGUGCGCAUCUUCAACCUCCGUUUCGGAGGCUCUUCUCUGUUUCUGCUACUGGAGCUCGACCCUUCUUCGUCACCAAGUUGUGUGUCCCCGGUGGCUUAGAGGCGUCUAGUGGCGACUGAUCUUCGUUAGAAGGAGGUGCUUGAACACUCUGCUAUUGAUCCUCGGCGGCGACGCCUUGAGGAUGCCGCCGAGCUGUGGCAGAGACACCAUAGGACUUGAUUGCUUUCUUCUUUCUUUCUAGGGGUGUUUUGUGAAUAUUGAGGCCUUAUCUUCAAUACUAGGUUCUUUAGGGCGAGAUUUAUUUUGGGUCUCCUUGUAAUUUAUACGUGCGAGGUGCUUUUUGAAUGAAAGAUCCACCGGGGUCUUCUAGACCCCUCAUUUGUUUAAAAAAAUACCAUGAUGCUACCCUUUCUUCUUUCUUUGAUUUGUGUACUCCUACGUGCUAGGACGGCAUCUAAGGGCAUCUCCAACGGGACGACGCAAAGGGACGCUGAACGACCGUUUGCGUCCGCCGGGCCGAAAAAUGUGUCUAGUACCACCUACAGCGGGGCGACGCAUAGUGACCGGGCCGUCCGCGCGGAAAGUGUCCGCGUUCGUUGCAUCCGGGCCCGAUCGGCAGUGACUAGAUAAUGGUGGGCAGUCAGUAGUCACCACCAAACGUGCUGGUGUCGCUCCAAAAGCAACUACUGAUUCCAUCCCCUCUACCGGCCAAUCCCGAUGGAGACCACGCCGCAGUCGCACGCCGACGAAAAGCCGUUGGUGUUCCUGGCGCAGCCGCUCUUCCCGGAGUUCGCGGCCGCGCUCGCCGGCCGCUACCGGUUCGUCCUCGCCGCGGACGCCGACUCGGCGACUUCUGCAGAGGCGAGGGUGCUGCUCGUGCCGGGGCUCGCGCCGGUCACGGCCCAGCACCUGGCGAGGCUCCCUGCGCUGCAGCUCGUGGCGGGCACCUCCGUGGGAGUUGACCAUGUGGAUCUCGAUACUUGCCGAAGCCGCGGGCUCAGCGUGACCAACGCCGGGCCAGCGUUCGCCGUCGACUCGGCCGACUACGCCGUCGGUCUCGUCGUGGCCGUGCUCCGACGGGUGGCCGCCGCCGACGCGUACGUCAGGAGGGGCAGGUGGGCGGCCGACGGCGACUACCCUCUCGCCACCAAGGUGAGCGGCAAGCGGGUGGGGAUCGUGGGGCUGGGCAACAUCGGCUCCCGGGUAGCGCGUCGCCUAGCCGCCUUCGGCUGCGCCGUCUCCUACCAUUCGAGGUCGCCCAAGCCUUCAUCGCCGUACACGUUUGUCCCGACUCUGCUCGACCUCGCCGUCGGCAGUGAUGUGUUGGUGCUCUCCUGUGCGCUGACGGACGAGAGGAAAUACAUGGUGAACCGGGAGGUGAUGGAGGCACUGGGUAAGGACGGCGUGCUGAUUAACGUCGGGCGGGGUGGCCUGGUAGACGAGCCGGAGCUGGUGAGUUGCCUGCGGGACGGCGCCCUCGGAGGCGCUGGGCUAGACGUGUACGCGAACGAACCGGCCGUGCCGCCGGAGCUCUUCGGCAUGGACAACGUCGUGUUGUCCGACCACCGGGCCGUGAUCACGCCGGAGUCCAUGCGCGGCGUGCUCGAGGUCAUCACCGCCAACCUCGACACCUUCUUCUCAGGGAGGCCGCUCGUAAUCUACCGAUCUACGGCUAUGCUCCGUUUAUGAUCGUCACUUCAGUGAUUGGAGGACCGCGACUUCUUUAUGGAGGUGUCUACAAGAUUGGAGAAUUCGGACAAGGAGUUUAUUAUCCAACAUGGGUGGCUGCAUAGUCUGAGGAUUGCGGCUCCUUCACCAUGAUUUCCUCGUCUUUGUAUGAGAGCUUUACUUACAGUUGAACCUUUUAUGUUUGGUUGUACCCGCGAACGGCUGUGUGCAUCCUAACUAUGCAGAGGCCGGAUGUAUUACGUCAAACUCUGAAGUAAUAAAGCACCCUUUUUUCGAAUCU